CUCUCUCUGUCUGCCCUCUUUUUCUCACUUGAAUUUUCUUUUCUUUUCAUUCAAAAUCAUCACCUCUCUCACGAAUAAAGAAGUAGCAAAGCAAAUCUUUCCUCCGUGAAAGAGAUCCCACAGGGAAGGGGGGGAGCACGGGGGGGAGGGAGGCAGCAGUUUCUUUGAAUGAACCCUAAUACCUAAUCAAACAGAAGCAGCUAGCAAAGAGUUCUUUGUGUUGAUUGAUAGAUAGCUUAGAGUUUAGAUAGCCUUCACCUGUUAGUCUAGAGAGACAAAGAAAGCCCACCCUGCGGCCUUGGAAUUUCAACAAAGCGAAAGAAAACAAAAGACAAACACUUCAAGUUGGAAGAAAACAGGUGGUAGAGUUUGAUCACAGCCGAUCAUCAUCAAGAUAACCAAAGCCCCGACAGGUGUCUGUUUUUCUUUUUGGUUUUAGCCAAUGGAUUCUGCUUCUGGAGGGGGUGCCGCGUUGAACCCGAAUAGCACCAACGAGGGUAUAUCUUUAGCUUCAGCUUCAGCACCGCCGCCAACGGGUACGCAACAAGGAGGAGGAGGAGGUGGUGGUGAGUCAUCUUCUUCCCCAGCUCCACCGAGUCGGUACGAGUCACAGAAGCGUCGAGACUGGAACACUUUCUUGCAGUACUUGAAGAACCAUAAGCCACCGUUAACGCUGGCUCGUUGCAGUGGCGCACACGUAAUUGAGUUCUUGAAAUACCUCGAUCAGUUUGGCAAAACUAAGGUUCACAUAACGGGUUGUCCUUACUUCGGACAUCCAAACCCACCUGCUCCUUGCUCUUGUCCACUCAAGCAAGCAUGGGGUAGCCUCGACGCGCUGAUCGGACGGCUGAGAGCUGCUUAUGAAGAAAACGGUGGACGUCCAGAAUCGAACCCUUUUGGCGCAAAGGCUGUCAGGAUUUAUUUGAGGGAAGUGAGAGAAGGGCAGGCUAAAGCUAGAGGGAUUCCUUAUGAGAAGAAGAAACGAAAAAGGCCUCCUGUCACAACUACGGCCGUGGGGGUCAAUGUGUCGGUGGCUGCCACUCAAGCGGUUGAUGGCGGGGGUACCGGCGCCGUUGGUGGCGGAGAUGAUAGUAAUAGUGGUGCUGGAACUGUAGCUAAUGCUGCUGCUUCUACCGCUGCUGCCACUGCUACCACUACUAGCGUAUAGUUUACCUUUUUUCUUCCUUCUUUACUGAUUUUAUUCUUUUCUUUCUUUUUUUUCCCUUUUAAUAGCUGUUUGAAAUGUGAUUAUGAGUUAUAUAUAUCUGGCGAUUCUCUCUGCAAAUUGGGUCGAUAUCCCAUGAACCAAAUUUAGUUAGAAAAUCUAGUUUUAAUCUCUUUUCGACCAA